AUGUUGCGUUUUCCGACCUGUUUCCCGUCCUUCCGGGUGGUGGGAGAGAAGCAGCUCCCGCAGGAGAUCAUUUUCCUAGUCUGGUCACCCAAGCGGGAUCUCAUUGCUUUGGCCAACACGGCGGGUGAGGUUUUACUUCAUCGACUUGCAAGUUUUCACCGGGUUUGGAGUUUCCCACCAAAUGAAAAUACAGGAAAGGAAGUGACCUGUCUGGCGUGGAGACCAGAUGGCAAACUUUUGGCCUUUGCUCUUUCUGACACCAAGAAAAUUGUUUUGUGUGAUGUUGAAAAACCUGAAAGCUUACACUCUUUUUCUGUGGAGGCUCCAGUUUCUUGUAUGCACUGGAUGGAAGUGACUGUAGAAAGCAGUGUCCUAACAUCUUUCUACAAUGCUGAGGAUGAGUCAAAUCUCCUCUUGCCUAAACUCCCAACGUUGCCAAAAAAUUACAGCAACACAUCAAAAAUAUUUAGUGAAGAAAAUUCUGAAGAAAUUAUUAAGCUCUUGGGAGAUGUCAGGCUGAAUAUUCUUGUCCUUGGAGGAAGUUCUGGGUUCAUUGAGCUUUAUGCUUAUGGAAUGUUCAAAAUUGCUCGAGUCACAGGGAUUGCUGGUACUUGCCUUGCAUUAUGUUUAUCAAGUGAUCUGAAAUCAUUAUCAGUGGUCACAGAGGUUUCUUCAGAUGGUGCUUCAGAAGUUUCUUACUUUCAGGUGAGUCUUGAUACCCAAUAUGCUGAACUUCAGACCCUCUUAAUGAACCAGUUAACUGUCAAGGGCUUAAAAAAGCUUGGCCAAUCUAUAGAGUCAUCAUAUUCCAGUAUACAGAAGUUGGUGAUAAGUCACUUACAGAGUGGCUCAGAGUCUUUGUUGUACCAUUUGAGCGAGUUGAAAGGAAUGGCUUCCUGGAAGCAAAAAUACGAACCUCUUGGACUAGAUGCGGCAGGAAUUGAAGAAGCUAUUACUGCUGUGGGUUCUUUCAUACUCAAGGCAAAUGAACUUCUUCAAGUUAUAGAUAGUAGUAUGAAAAACUUCAAAGCAUUCUUCCGAUGGCUCUAUGUUGCGAUGUUGAGAAUGACAGAAGACCACGUACUUCCUGAGCUGAAUAAGAUGACUCAGAAAGAUAUCACAUUCGUUGCUGACUUUCUUACUGAGCAUUUCAAUGAGGCGCCAGACCUUUACAAUCGAAAAGGCAAAUACUUUAAUGUUGAAAAAGUUGGUCAGCACUUGAAAGAGAGGAGCUCUGAGGCUGGGUCUCCCAGCAGAUUAUUUUCUCCUAAUCACUGGUUUGCUAUAGCUUUUUUUAUUCCCCCCUCCAUUUUUCCUUUGAAAACAGAAAGUCCAUUGCUGUUUCCUUAUUAUCCUCGAAAAUCACUGCAUUUUGUGAAAAGGCGGAUGGAGAACAUUAUUGAUCGUUGUUUGCAGAAGCCAGCAGAUGUGAUUGGAAAAUCAAUGAAUCAAGCAAUUUGUAUUCCAUUAUAUAAAGAUGCUAGAAGUGAGAACUGUACACGAAGACUCUUCAAAUUUCCUUUUUUGUGGAAUAAUAAAACUUCAAAUCUACAUUAUCUUAUUUUUACUAUUUUAGAAGAUUCACUUUAUAAAAUGUGUAUCUUAAGGAGACAUACUGAUAUUACCCACACCUACAGUUGUUUGGAUGCACAGUUUUAUGAUGAUGAAACUGUAACGGUGGUUCUUAAAGACACCGUAGGACGUGAAGGAAGGGACAGACUCUUGGUCCAGUUGCCACUGUCUUCUGUCUAUAACAGUGAAGACUCUGCAGACUAUCAGUUCACUGGGACUUACUCUACAAGGUAUGGGUGCAAUAAAACUGUCUGA